AUGUCAUUAUUACCAUUAUUUAAUAAUACUCAACCAACUUUAUCAUCACCAAAUAGAUUCUUUUUAAAUAAAAAUUUAAAAAGUAAUAUAUUAUUCGGAUUCUUUACUAUAUUAAUAAUAUGUUCUAUAACAAUUAAUUUAUAUCAUUUUAUUAAUUGUUAUUUAGAAGAUGAUUUAGAAUAUCUUAUAAUAGACAAUAAUAAUAAUAACAAUAGUAAUAAUAAUAAUAAUAAUAAUAAUAAUAAUAAUAAUAGUAAUAAUAAAGAAAUUUUAUAUAAUAAUAAUAAUAAUUCAACCCAAAUUUUUUUACCUGAUGUAUCAUACCCUAAAUUAAAAGAUUUAAUUAUCGUAACAGGUCAUGCAAUUUAUUUGGGUGGUAGUAAUAAUCAUGAAAUAGGAAAUGAUGAAGAGAAUGAAGAAAAUUGGAUUUUGGAAGAUUAUCAAAAAGGAAAUGGUCAAGUUAAAGCUUUUAUUAAUCAUGUUAAAAAAGGAAUUGAAUUAGUUAAAGAAAAUGAUGAAUCUUUAUUAAUAUUUAGCGGAGGACAAACUAGACCAUCCGCUGGACCACGAAGUGAAGCACAAAGUUAUUAUAUAUUAGCGCAAUCACUUAACCUUAAUUUAUCCUCAACCAUAAAUUCCACCACAUCAUUAAAUACAAGAAUAAUAACUGAAGAAUAUGCAAGAGAUUCAUAUGAAAAUUUAUUAUUCUCAAUAUGUAGAUUUAAUGAAUAUACAAAUAGUUAUCCAAGAAAUAUAACUGUAAUAGGUUUUCAAUUUAAAAAGAAAAGGUUUUCAGAAUUACAUAGAUUCGCGUUGAAAUUUCCUUUAGAUAGAUUUAAUUAUAUUGGUAUUGAUCCUGAUAAUACAAGUCCUUUAGGUAGAUUUGUUGGUGAGAGUGUCAAUUCUUUGGGACCUUUUAAACAGGAUUUAUAUGGUUGUCAUGGUAAACUAUUAGAUAAAAAAUUGACCAGGAAUCCUUAUAGAAGAAGUCAUCCUUACCAAAUUAGUUGUCCAGAAUUAUCUCCAUUACUUAAUUAUUGUCCUGAAGAUCGAAUACAAUUAUACCCUGAUACAUUACCUUGGGAAUAUUGA